UAACUUCCUCCAAUCGGCCAUAUUCCGCCGCUCUGUUUCAACAAGCCGCCGCACCGCCACCGUAAACCCGUCAUAGUUUCAUUUCUCGGGGGAUGGUCUUCCGUUUAUCACGCUCCAACUGAUCAGACUGAAUCGGGGAACGGCAGGUGAUUUUAUUCGGAAACGGUGAAGGAAAACGGGCCGAAAUGACGACGCGAUCGGAGAGGGAAAAGGCUCAGAAACUGAACGAGCAGCAUCAGGCCAUUCUGUCCAAAAUGCUGAGAGAGGAUGACAACAAAUACUGCGCUGAUUGCGAAGCGAAAGGUCCUCGAUGGGCUUCUUGGAAUCUCGGUGUGUUUAUUUGUAUCCGCUGUGCAGGAAUCCACCGGAACCUGGGAGUGCACAUAUCACGCGUCAAAUCAGUCAACCUGGACCAAUGGACCCCCGAGCAGAUACAAAGUGUGCAGAGCAUGGGCAACACCAGGGCAAGACAGCUGUAUGAAGCUCAUCUCCCAGAAAAUUUCAGACGGCCACAAACUGACCAAGCUGUGGAGUUCUUCAUAAGGGACAAAUAUGAGAGGAAGAAGUACUAUGAUAAAAAUGCUGUCAAUGGAGCCAUUAAGUCCUCUGAUGCUGCUUUGCCUUCAGUAUCGUCUCCUUCGCAAACGGCAGAGAAAAGCAAGCUGGAGGAGAGAGAGAAGAAAAAGGAGGAGAAAAAGAGAGAAAAGGAUACAGAUAAAGGGAACAAGCCAGCAGCAUUUGAGAAGAAAAGAGAUGACAUCCAGAUAGAUUCCAGAGCUAGUCCUAAGAAGAGCGCAGAGCCCGCUAUCGACCUGCUAGGCCUCGAUGCACCCACAGCAGGCAGCGGAGCGGGAACAAGCAGUGCUGCUCCAAUCAGUGAUGACCUCGACAUUUUCGGACCAAUGGUAUCCAACCCUCUGCCCUCAAGCACCAAUACAAACCAGGUCAGUUCCAGUAUGCCGUCUGGAAGCAUUCAGACCGGCUCCUCCGCAGUGCCCGUGGCAGGAUCUGCCGGAACGGGAAGUGCUGAUCCAGCACAAGGAGAUCUGGACCUGUUCAGUGAAAACAGCGGGAGCAGCAAAGCAGAAGACUCGGCCAAGAAACCGCUCUCCAAGGACUCCAUUCUCUCCCUCUACGGCUCCAGCUCUGUUCCACAGCAGCCCGCACAAGCCGCCGCAAUGUUCAUGGGACCUUCGCAGAUGCAGUUCCCGGCGCAGCCGCAGGGGAACUUCCAGGCCUUCCCUGGGAUGGGAGGGGCCAUGCCACCCACUACCAUGAUGGGGGCUGUCAUGGGCCAGGGCGGAGCUAUGAUGGGCCAAAACACGGGCAUGAUGGUUGGCAUGACGAUGCCCAAUGGUUUCAUUGGAAACGCACAGCCGGGGGUGAUGGGCUUGGCCCCAGGCAUGAUGGGACCUCAGGGCAUGCUUCCCCCUCAAAACAUGUACGCCAUGCAGCCGGGUCAGCAGGGCCAGUGGAAUAUGGCACAGAUUAACCAGCAGAUGUCUGGAAUAAACCUGAACGGCUCUGGUGCUCCAGUGGCAUUCGGCCCAGCCGGUGCCCCUAUGGGUGGUUGGGUGGCACCGCCCUCGGGUCAGACCCUAAGCACCCAGCUCUGGAAGUGAGCGAAGGUGGAGGAAAGGGGCACAGCAUCUCUCCAUGAGUUUUAUUCGUGUACUGUUUAUUUCUCUUUCCCAUCAUUAUGGCUCUGGAGAGCAUCGACUCUCCAGGCAAAGAGCAUUGCCUUCUGUGUAUUGAUCAAGUGAGAGAGUGUGGAGUUUAAGAGACUGGCAGCUUUGUCCGUCUUUUAUUUGCAGUUUUUUUCUUCUAUAUAUAUAUUUUGGGGGGUCAGACACGCAUAUCAGCUAAGAAAGCUGCUGGACCAAUUAUACAGGCUUCUAAUAUAUCUUUACCAAAUCAAUAGUGAGUAAUAGUAUUUAAAAGACAGAGGUAUGGCUAUCAAAUUUGUGACUUCCCAUCUCUUUCCGAACUUCUGUGUAUAGGCCCCACGUCCCCUAACCCUGUAGCAGAUAUCAUAUAGACCCAUGUAUUGUAUGUAAUCAUGAGAUAGAGAAACCCCUCGCCCCCCUCUUCAUUCUCAAACCAUCUCAUCCGUGUAGCUCCAUCUUUACUGUGAUGUUUUAAUGUGUGCGUUACAAUGAAGCACAGUGAGUGAAAGGCAAAUAACCCUGGACGACUUUACAUCCGUUACUGUGAUGGCUAACGGGGGGCAGGGGAUAUAUUAGGGGGUUGGGAAUUGUUACAUUUUAGUGAGUUUUUGAGAGUACGGAGCGUGCAAUCAAACACGAGUUCCGUCGCUGUAGCAGAGCAUCUUUCCUCUCUCACAGGGUCUCUCUGCUGUGCAAUAAUAUAAACAUCUUCACCUUGUCAUCCAGGUUUAUUUCUAAAAUGUGUUUACAUUUUCUGGUGCCUAGUACAGAGAAAGAAUUAUGUUAUUUCGUGCAUUAAACAGUGAAUAGCCAUGAA